UGUGGUUGACAGGGCGAGAUAAUUACUUCCAAAUUUGUGGCUGAUUGAUUACACUUGGAGAUGUCGUACAGACCUGUGGGAUGGGGAGACUCAUCGGAUGGGGACUUUGACGAUGAAGAUGGAUUUUCAAUCGCUGACGAUCACCCCCAUAAACCGAAGGUCCUUCGCCCCCGUGCUAAGAACCCCUCAGGUCAGGAACCCGACCAGCAGUACCUCCAGUCCCAGCCAAGUGACUACGACCUUCACCUGAAGGUGUUAACAGCCUGCAUGACAGGUGAUCUCGCGACAAUCGACUCCUACCUGGCCUCUGGCCACGACAUAAACGUCUUCUUGAGUAGUGGUUGGACCCUGCUCCUGUACGCCUCCCACGCCCUUCUCCCUGAGGUGAUGGAGUACCUGUUGAAACGAGGAGCCAACCCAAACAUCCACAAGAAUGGCUACACUCCCCUGAUGGCAGCAUGUGACUCCAUCCAUGGAAAAUCCGAUAAUCGCCUCCAGUGCAUUUCGAUUCUUCUGGAAGCUGAGGCAGAUCCAAACGCCACGAGCAACACCAGGACAACAGCCUUGAUGUUGGCUUGCAAAUCGGGCCAUCCAGGUGUUGUUGUGAAGCUGCUGGAGCAAGUCAAGAACAUCGACGCUGUCGAUAACGACGGAAGUUCUGCUAUUUUCUACGCAGUCAUCGGGAACCACCCGGAGAUUGUCAAGAUCUUGAUGUCGAGGAAUGCCUCGGUGAGUCUGAAGGACAGGCGUGACCGGACGAUUCGAGAUAUUGCCUCCACCAAGCGCUUCGACGACAUUCUGGAGAUGCUGGACUUCGAGGAGGAGGAGAUCGAGAGUUUUUCCCCAGUCGCAUAUGUCACAGAGUGGAAGGAUUGUUUCCCGGGGAUCAAGGGCACCAAGGAGGGCUUCGUCAAUGUCGAUGUUGCUGCUGUGCUUUAUGGUCUCGGCCUGGACAGGUACAGACCCAUUUUCAAGGGAAUGGAACUGCAUGAGUUCCUCCAACUCAAGGAGGAGGAUCUCGUAAGACUGGGGAUGGAUUUGGGGUAUCAUAGGAAAGUCUUCUUGAAAGGACUCAUGCAGUUCCACACGAAGAGAUGGAGCCAUCUAAGCCUCGGGAGCCUGAACAAGAGCCUUGCUCAUACUCUUUACAACGGAGUUAUUGCCCUAGGGAACGUGGCUCGUCAGAUCUCUGUAAUUGGAUCGAGUUUCGGGUUCAUUAAGAGCAAUGUCGCCCAGCUUGGCAAGCCCAAAGAGGUCCUAUCCGACAUUCAGAACAAGGUCUUCAAAGACGAGCUCCAAAAAACCGAAGAAACCCUGGGAUCAUUGAGAAAAGAUCUCGACCAGAUGUUGAAGUUCGCCAAGAAUGUAGAAAAAGACAGUGUGGUUUAUCCACUCCCAGAGUACAUCGGCCCUGACAAAAAGAAGCAGAUGAGCAGCUGGCCCAUCAUUUUGGGGGCCACUGUUAUGGCUGCACUCUACCUCUCUAAGACUGGAUAUCCAACAAGACUGUGGAACUGAGACUUCAGUAUUUGCUCUUUCAUGACAAAACAGUAUUUUUGUUUAAGACUUUUGUAUUAAAUUUAAAGCAACAUUUUUAUUUUUCUUAUCAUGUUCUACCUAACGUUGGAAAAAAUAAUAUAAUUUACGUUGAGCAUU